UUGCGCACAGACAAGCGAUGGCUACCAUCUCUUUCUUUGCUUCCCUUUUCCUUUCUACUUUCUUGCUUCAUUUCUGCUUCUACUAUGGGGUGGGUGCUGCUGAUCCGGCUAUCAGCACCAAUGGGGAAGCAUUCGAAAUAGUUGGUGGCCGUGGUAGCAAUUAUCCUGAAAAUAAAAACUGUCAUCCUCCUCCCCCUCCUAAACCUAAAUGCCCCCCACCACUGCCACCGCCUCCCCCUCCUGAACCUGAAUGCCCCCCACCACUGCCCCCACCAAGUGGGCUUAGUCCUCGACUUGAAUUAGUCUACCCCAUAAUUCAUGAUUUCAAAAAUAGAAUCCGCCGCGACCCAAAAGGCAUUUUGAAUUCAUGGGAUCCCAAUGAAAAAGACGUAUGCAAAUACGAAGGCUUCUCCUGCGCAAUUGUUCCGGAUUACAAUCAACUAGCAGUUUCUGGAGUAGACUUCAACAGCUACCAGUUUGCUGGUGAGGAAGGGGAGGGCCUCUCUCUCUCUGGGUUCAUUGAAAAGCUACCAGACAUUACCGUUUUCCACGCAAACUCCAACAAUUUCACUGGUGGCAUCCCCAAGGAGAUCUCCACCCUUAGAUACUUCUACGAGCUAGACCUUAGCAACAACAAUCUAGCUGGCGAGUUCCCAAUUGAAGUUCUUGGUGCCAAAAACCUGACCUUCUUGGACCUCCGGUUUAACUAUUUGUACGGCACGGUUCCACCCCAAGUGUUCUUGCUAGACGUGGACGUAAUCUUCAUCAACAACAACAAGUUUGAGCAAAGGCUACCUGAUAAUCUUGGCUCUACGCCAGCCCUUUAUCUCACAUUUGCAAACAACAACUUCACUGGGCCAAUCCCAUCAAGCAUUGGCCAAGCUUACAAAACCCUCCUCGAGGUGCUCUUCUUGAACAACAAGCUCACAGGAUGCUUGCCAUUUCAGAUUGGCUUCUUGGAAGCGGCCACUGUUUUUGAUGCGAGCAUCAAUUGCUUGACGGGUCCAAUACCCCCCUCAUUUCAGUGCCUGUUUAAAAUAGAGGUGCUUAACCUGGCUCAGAACCAGUUAUAUGGGUUUGUCCCGGAGGCAAUCUGCAAGCUGCCGAACCUGGGUAUCUUCAACUUAUCAGACAACUACUUCACCCUGGUUGGCCCUGAAUGCCGGAAGUUGAUCAACGAAAAGGUCCUCGAUGUAGAAAAGAAUUGCAUCGUAGACCUCCCAAAUCAGAGAUCGAAAGCUGAAUGUGCUGCAUUUUACUUUGAGGCCAAGUACCGCCGGUGCCCCAACGAGCAGUCCCUAAAUCACAUUCCUUGUGAGAAGUAUCACUCAGCUGCUCUUGGUUCGUCGUCCUAUCAUCAACCAACGGUUCCAGCCCCUUCACCACUUUCCUAUGGCGCCCUUAAACCGCAUAGGCUCUGAGUUACAUGCACUAAUUAACGAUGGUUCAUGGCUCAUGGGUGGGCCUUUUGUAAUAUAUAAUACAUAUUUACAUAUUUCUGUCUCAUGCAUGUCUUUAUAUUGAUUAAGUCAUAAAUAAGGAGUGUGUUCUGAUUUGGCAUCUCCAUAAGCUUCCAAUUCUUGUCUGGUCUACUGAAGAUUGUCGCUGCAGUACUGCUAAUUUUCGGAGAGCCCAUUGGCCAAUAAAAUGUCCUAUAACCUGUUUA